CCUCAGGAAAACCAGGAGAACAAGGUGUAAAAGGAGAAAGGGGAGACCCUGGAGUCAAAGGGGAAAAGGGUGCCCAAGGACAGAAAGGCCAUCCUGGAGAACCAGGACUACCAGGUCACAAAGGCCACACAGGACUAAUGGGUCCUCAUGGACCUCCAGGAGAAAGUGGACCUGCUGGACCUCCUGGACCACCAGGACAGCCAGGAUUUCCUGGAGCAAGGGGAGAUUCACCAUCAUUGGAUACCCUUCGAAGGCUUAUCCAAGAAGAGUUAGGAAAGCAACUUGAAACCAAACUAGCAUACCUCUUGGCCCAGAUGCCACCAGCACAUGUCAGAGCAACUCAGGGCCGACCGGGCCCCCCUGGACCUCCUGGAAAAGAUGGCCUUCCUGGAAGAGUAGGUCCUAUGGGGGAGCCAGGGCGGCCUGGACAAGUGGGCUUAGAAGGGCCAUCAGGUCCUAUGGGACCCAAAGGUGAACGGGGUGCAAAGGGUGAUCAAGGAGUGCCUGGAGUUGGCCAGCGAGGAGAAAUAGGACCUCCUGGAAUACCAGGUCAGCCUGGGGAGCCUGGCUACGGGAAAGAUGGCAUUCCUGGGAACCCUGGUCCUCAGGGAGAAACCGGACAAGCUGGCCUCCCUGGCCCUCCAGGGCCUCCUGGCCCCAGUGGACAAUGUGAUCCCUCUCAGUGUGCCUACUUUGCGAGUCUUGCAGCCCGACCUAGCAAUGUGAAAGGACCCUAGAGGGUACCUAGGAAGCCAAGGAAACUUGAAGAGGAUUUUCUGAAACUUGAACUUUGAACUGAAGAGGAAACCAGGGGUUCAUAGAUCUCCUGGGCCAUGAUGUCACUUUUUAUUUGUUGUGGGAGGCUUUCUGAAUGAUUAAAACCAACAGAUACUGCCGGUCGGUCAGAUUAUUAUUAUUAUUAUUAUUGUGAUAAUUAAUAUUU